GCCUUCAGCUGCCCGGCUCUCUUUUCUUUUUCUUCUUUUUCUUCUUCUUCUGCUUCUUCUGCCACGGUUCGGCGAGGUCGGGCGCGCGUGUGAAUGUGGCCGUGGCGGAGCCGCCGCGCCAGCCCUCCUGCCUGCCCGGCUAUUGUGUGGGGCUGAUCUCGAGGCGGCGGGAGGUGGGGGCAGCGGAGGGGAAGGACGCCGAGGAAGGCCAAGGGGGCUCGGAGCGUCCCCGCGUUGCCGGGAGGGGAGGGGGGGCGUCCCCUCCGGCGUCCACGGAAGGAAGAGGCGAGAGAGGAGCGCUGCCGUGGAUCGACGCCGCCGCCCGCUCGACUCCCUCGCGGCCGUCUGAAGGAGGACGAUGGCCAUGCUGCUGGAUGGCGGGCCCCAGUUCCCCACCUUGGGGGUCGGGGGCUUCGCCGCCUCUCGCCCCCACCCGCACGACGUGGCCAUGGGGCUCAACCACCCUCCUUUCGCCGAGCCUCCCUUCAAACUCAGCCCCGCCGCCCACGAGCUGGCCUCGGGUCAGGGAUCCGCAUUUACGCCUCAAGCUUCGGGCUUCGCGCACCACCACCCGACCCAUCAUCCGCACCCCCAUCAUCCCCACCACCACCACCACCAUCAUCCGCCGCCGCCCCCUCCGCCCCCUCACCCUCACGUCGGCGGCGGCGGCCAGGUGCCUUCUCCUUACGUGGCCGCCUUCAAUUCCACGCGGGACUUUCUCUUCCGCAACCGCGGGGGCUGCGCCCUGGCCGAAGCGCCUUCGAGCGGCGGAGGAGGCGGCGGCGGAGGAGGGCCGAGCGGGACCCCCGGCAGCUCCCCGGCUCACCACGGCCUUUUCGGCACCAACCCACCCGGAGGACUCCACGCGCCGGGCGGCUUGGCGGACAGCGCGGGGGGGCUACUUGCUUUUCCCGGUUUGCACGAGCAGAACGCGGGCGGCUUGCCUUCGCCGUCGGGCCCCGUGGAGAGCGGCCAGCUGCACCUGGGUUUGCGUGGGGAGUUUUUCGGCCGGCCGGAUUCCUACCGGGGGGUCUCCAGCCCCAGAGCGGACGCCUACGGGGCUCCUCCGCCCUUCCCCAACUACGGGCCCGUGAACGUGGCGGGCAUGAACGUGGCUGGGCCCCAUCAUCACCACCACCAUCAUCAUCAUCACCACGCGGGACCGGGCGCUUUCUUCCGCUACAUGCGGCAACCGGUCAAGCAAGAACUGGCUUGCAAGUGGUUGGAAGAAUCUCCCAAGAAGUCCUGCGACCGGCAAUUCAGCACCAUGCACGAACUGGUUACCCACGUCACGCUGGAACACGUCGGGGGUCCCGAGCAGAACAGCCACGUGUGUUUCUGGGACGAGUGUCCCCGCCAAGGCAAAUCCUUCAAGGCCAAAUACAAACUGGUCAACCACAUCCGCGUUCACACGGGCGAGAAACCUUUUCCCUGCCCGUUCCCGGGAUGCGGGAAGAUUUUCGCGCGGUCCGAGAACCUCAAAAUCCAUAAAAGGACCCACACAGGAGAGAAGCCCUUCAAGUGCGAAUUUGAAGGUUGCGACCGGCGUUUUGCGAACAGCAGCGACCGAAAGAAACACAUGCACGUACACACCUCUGACAAGCCUUACGUUUGCAAAGUUUGCGAUAAGUCUUACACUCACCCCAGUUCCUUAAGGAAGCAUAUGAAGGUCCACGAAACACAGAGCUCCGAAUCCUCUCCGGCAGCCAGUUCAGGCUACGAAUCCUCCACGCCCCCAGCCUUGGCUACUGCCCCCAGUAAGGACUCCGGGAAAGCUGCCCCUCCUUCCACCAUUCAGACGGCCAACCCUAACCCAGGUCUGCCCCCCAACUUCAAUGAAUGGUAUGUCUGAGGAGGAGGCCCCUGCCCUCCCUCCCUCCCUCUCUCCUCCCUUGGAUUUUCAAGAGACAUCAAAGGACAGCCAGCCUUCCGUGCCUGGCCUGUUGCUGAUGCUGCUGGAUUUUACCGGACCAAAAAAAAAAAAAAGAUUGGCAAAAGGAAGAAGGAAAGUGGGGGUGUCAGGGAGCAGCAUCCUCGUCUCUCAUCCCCAACCCAACAAGAGCCGCCAGAGGCUGGACUUAAAUCAUGUCUGCUGUUCUCAGGAUUAGCUUCUUUUCUUUCUGCGUGGACUGUUUCUUUCAGGUUUUUUUUUAAAAAACAAAACAAUUCUUCUAGUUUGUUCUUGCGCCCCAUCCUCUUUCUUUCUUUCUUUCUUUCUUUCUUCUUUCUUUCUUUCUUUCUUUCUUUCUUUCUUUCUUUCUUUCCCUUGUCUUUUGUAAUCGACUUCAGUGGAUGUUUCAUUUUUCGCACCCGUCUGUUUCUCAGCCCCGUCUCCUUCCGUGGGAUGUUCAGAAACAAAACUUGAUUGUUUCUCUUGGCCUUGUAGUUGUGAUUGUUAAACGUAGAAGGGAAAAAAAAAAAACAGUUUUUAAACUUGCCAAAGUCCUAUAUUCUCUCUCUCUCUCUCUCUCUCUCUCUCUCUUCCUUACUUGCUUGCUUGCUUCCUUCCCUCCCUCCUUCUCCCCUCCCUUCCUUCCUACCUACCUGCCUAAAAAAUUCCGCAACAUUUAAAAACACAUUUUGGCUUUCUAACUGAGACAGAAACCCUGUCAAAGAUCUCUUUGUUUUCUUUGUUUUCUUUUUUUUUCUUUUUUCUUGUCUUUUUUCUUCUUUCUCUUUCUUUCUUUCUUUCUUUCUUUCUUUCUUUCUUUCUUUCCUUCCUUCCUUCCUUCCUUUUUCUUUCUUUCACUUUCUUUCUUUCUCUCUCUCUCUCUUCUCCCCUCCCUCCCUCCCUCUUUCUUUUUUCCUUUUCCUUUCUGUUGUGAAUGUAUUUUCUUCAAAUGGCAGAAAUGGGAAGGGGUGUCAUUCAGUCUAUUUUUUACAAUGGAAAAAAAAAUAUUGUGAUAUUAAUUUCACCCAGGUCUCCUGGCAUUUUAGUAUAAACAGUUGCCUUUUUGUAAUACCUCUUUUGUGUGUAAAUACAUAUCCACGAUGCCAUAUU